AUAAUGAAAUAGAGUAUAAGAGUUUAGUAUACGCAAUUUGAAUCAAGCUUUUAACGCGCGAAAUCAAACUUGUGCCAAAAUGAAACUGAAGCUAAUAGAUCUUAAUAUUGACUGCCUAUUAGGGAUUUUCAAAUAUUGUACGGAAAAGGAUUUGAUUGCACUAUGUCAGGCAAAUAAUUACAUAUGCUCUGUUAUUGAGCAACACAUUUUUUACGCGCUGACCAAGGAUCUGCUGCUAUGUGGACACAGAAACAGACCAUGCAUCGAAGAAAGAAAUCGUACGCAGCUUACUUACUUGGAAAGAUUACAAAUUUCAAGAAAUUGGCUCAAAGGUGUUUACGAGGAACGGCCUUACUACCACCACGCACAGAUGUUCUCCUCAAGGCUUUGCCUUAGCUCGGACACACUCUACAUCACACACGCCCGUUACCUGCGUAAAUAUAGGCGGGCUGGUCCUGAGGCGUUGCAGCGUCGCUACGAUGAGGAGAUUAGCACGCCCUCAAAAAGCGACAUAUCCGACUUUGUAAAGAAAGAUAAUACCAUCUUCGCGGGUCGCGUGUGCGGCACGUGUUUUGUCAGUGAUACAGACGGCAUUACCGAACAGGCCAUGCAUAAUGCUAAGGAGUAUCUAUAUUGCGUAGAUUUCGUUGAGGAUACAUUUGCUACCAGCACUGAUACUUGUUGCAAGCUUUGGAAGCGUUCACGGGAGUUCGGACUAAGUCAUUUUGAUUUGUUCAUGCAGCUGCAACAUUCCUUCAAGUCUAUGAAAGUUAGCGACGACGGUCAGUGGCUAUUUGGCGGUCUCUAUACGGAUAAAAGGAAUCGCAGAGCGCUGCGCGCUGUUCAUCUUGAAAGUGGUGAGGAGAUCGUGCUUAACUCAGACACCAUAUCCAUUUACGACCUAAAAAUCAAGGACGAUCAAGUCUUAUUUACUGCCAACUUUGAUACGACAUUUCGCAUGUUUGAUCGUCGCUGUGAUCGGGAUGUAUACAUUUGGGAAGACCCAUUUGAUUCAUCGCUGUACUGUCUGGAAUAUGAUGGACUCUACGCUGUGCUCUGUGGUGCAAAGCAUCACAGUCGCGUCAAUCUCUACGAUAUUCGUGUGCCCGGCAAAUACAUACAAUUGUAUUUUCCGGGCAGAACGCGGCAGUACUAUAAGAGCUCGCCUGUGUAUAGCAUUGCCUGUGAUAGUCAAUAUAUGUUUGUCGCAACUGAUCACAAUCUGCGUGUGUUUGACUUUAAGGCCAACUUUGGUGUCCAGCGGGAUUACAGUAGUUUCUAUGAUUACCGCUAUGGAACCAAUAAUUUGUUGUGAAAUAUACCUAAGAAAUUGUUUCCCUAUAAAUAUCUGUUAAAUAGCUGACAA